AUGCAUGUGCUAUACUCAGUAGGGGUUAAAUUGUUAGAUGAGGAAAAGCAAAGUCUAGUAACUGCACUUAAAAUCGUACAAGGAAAAGAAAUUGUGAUGAACGACUGGCGUAACAAUGAAAUUGGUGCCUUCAUCAAUGCUGAUGAUAAAUUAAAACAAAACUCUGGAAUGGCAAAACCAAAAGGUUCAAAACGAGAGUUUGGAAACAUACUUGAAUGCAAGAAUGCGUUUGAAAUACUUACAGUAGAGGAUGAUAGUGAACAUACUGAUAAUGACAAACAAGAAACUGUCGGAGAAGGUUUGAGUACCGGUACUCAAGUAGCUGAGGAGGAUGUCACUGUUGAAUGUAAUGUGAUCAAUGAACAAGAGCCCAACCGGAAAGACUCGGGUACACAGAUGAUAGAAGGUAAGCCAGAUUUACCACCAAAUAACCAUAAUGAUCCCCAAAACAACAUGAAUUUAGAUCGAGAAAGCCAAAUUGUUAUUAUUGGGGACUCAAUAAUCAAACAUAUAAUACCGAAAAAAAUAUCGAGUAGCAAUGUUACGAAAAUAA